UAUUAAAGAAGUAGAGUGUUAAAGAUACUGACAAAUAAUUAAAAAUUAUGUACGGGUGUUCUUAAUUUCUUUUUAUUGUAAUUUUUUUUUAAACAUUGGUUAAUAUAUAUAAACAUUUAAACGUUACACGAUAUCUAACUACCAAUAAUAUAUGAUGAUAUUUGUUUAAUAAAAAAAAAAUUAAUCCAUAUAAUAAUACUUAUAAAAUAAUCAUAUAUUUAUAUGUUUGUAUAAAAUAUCUUAAUAUAAAUAAUAUUAUCACAAUGGAAGCAAUGGAUGUAUCUAUGUGCGAUGAAGACUUUAUGAUGACCAAAGCCAAGAGUUUUUUGGAAACUGACAGUUACAGAUGUCGGUCUUGGCUCCUUACUGCUAAAUCCAUGUUUCCUACAAAUUUUAGCAUUCAUUAUGAAUGUUAUGUGAUUGAAAAAAAUCUACACUGUGUUCAAAGAGCAGCCAGGUGUUUUAGUUCAUUACUUGAAGAUUUUCCAAAUGAGCAUUUAUUAUGGAAAGAAAUUGAAAAUUUUACACCAGUGUUAUGUAUGGAUACUGCAUGUUUAUCAGAAGAACAAACAUUUUUUCGUGAAAUGUUUUCUGCAUUACCUUUAUCUAUUCAACAGAAAUUACUGUCAGUUUGUGCAGAACGAAGUGAAGAUACUAUGGAACAUUGCCGUUUAGUUCUUCUACUUUUAAAUCGUUUUCCUCAGUCUUCUACUGAAUUAGCACUUCAAUUAAUGGACACAAUGAUCACAGCUGAAAAACAUAAUCAAUGUCCGAGUGUCAUUAAUUGUUAUAGAAAGAUCUUAGUUUGCGAUCUUGGUCCACUACUAGUAUCAACUAAUGCAUUAAAUCAAAAAAAUUUGUAUAAAAUUUUAACUAAAACUACUGAAUUUUAUAUUACUUAUGCUAUGGGAGGGCAUACUCUAAUUCCGAAUCUACCAGACACAGAAAAUUGUAUUAAAACUCCUUGGGAAGAUUUGUUUACAGCUUGUGAACGUAUUGGAAAAAAACUUUCUUGGGAACUUAGAUCUGUUCUUAGUCAAAGUGACAGAAGAAAAGCGUGGAAAAAAGUGUCCAGUUUUGCAAAAAAAUUUGUUAUUGCUUCAAAUAAUAGUGAAUUAAGUAAACAGUUAGUAUUUUGUGGUAUGAUUCUCUUUGUAAAGCAUGUCUUUGACUAUAACAGAUCUCUUAAAUCAGAAAAUGAAAUUGAGUAUUUGUUAGUGAAGGCUGUAAAAGAUCCAAAAGGACAUAUUAUUAAACCUCCUUUAAAACAAACUGUUUUAUCUGUAGCUACAAAAUUGAAUGAAUCACUUAUUGGUAUCACAAGUGAAUCUUCAGAAGUUUUGGAUAACUUCAAAAUGGCAUUUAAUUAUUGGGAAUUACUAACAAAUAAAGAGCCAAUGUGCACUGAUUAUUGGAAACUCAGUGCUCAAAUUAAAGUAGAUACAUAUAUAGGCCAAUUUUUAAGUGAUAUCGAAUUUUACCAAGGAAAGUAUAAAAACCUUUUAAAAUCUUUACCAGCUGAAAAAAGUAUUAGAAAGUCAUUGUCUUUAGUAAGCUUAUAUUACUGUGUUCAAGAAUUUAAGAAAUGCACUGAAAAUAUAUUUGAAGUAGUUGAAGAAUUAGAAGAAUUAAAUUUACAUGGCAUUGUUUCUUCUGAAGUAACAAAUCCACCUCCAGAGAGAGAAAUGUAUUAUAUACAAAUAGCAAAAUUACCAAUACUACAAUAUUGUACAAAAAUAUUGAUCCAAAUACUUUUUCAUCAUUUGAUAAAUUUACCAACUGCUUGUGAUCUCAUCGGUCACCUUUUAGUAUUAUGCCAAAUGGUUUGGCCCGCAGGUGAGGAAAUUGCUAUUGAGAUGUAUCGUCACAUAUCAGAACUUACAGUUUUUACAUAUCCUCAAUUCUCCAUUUAUAUUACUAACAUUGAUAUAAUAGAACAAUUCAUGGCUAUGUUUAUAGAGAAUGACAAAUGUGUUUUGAAUAUUUUCCCUUGUGUUGCUUCUUCUUUAAGUCCAAGAAUAUCAACAAGAGGGUCUGGUAAAGGAGUUAAAGAAGAAUUUAGGUUAGCAAUAAAAAAGCAAGUUUUAAAAUGUUCUGAACCCAUAGAAGAAACUAUAAUGCUAUUUUUAAAAAUGGAAAAAGAAAGUUUAAUGAAAACUGCUUCAUUGAUAGAGAGAUCUCUUGUUUAUUAAAUAAUAAAUUUUCUAGUAAAACAUUUUUAUUAGAUAAAAUUUAUGCAGUAUCUAUGUCUAAUUGAAAUAAGCCCUUGGAUGAGAUUUUAAUUAGAAUGUAUAUAAUAUUUGAAUAAGUAGUAAGAUCUGUUAUAUUUGUUGACUCACAAUAUCUAUUAAAAAAUAUGCCAAAAUAAUUAAUUUAAUGAUAAUUAUAAAGUAUAAGAUAUUUUCUUACUCUCCAAGAAGAGUUGGAGAUGAAAUGCUCUGAACAUCAAACAUUUUUACUGAAUAUGUACAAAAAUUUGAAGAAUCCAAAUUUGGAAUUGAUAUUGUAGCAUUCAUAUGCAUUUGUGACUUAGCUGGACUUUCUAUUAAAAAUGUACAUUCUCCUAUUUAGAAAAUAAAUUCUCACUUUUAUACAUAACA